AUGCAUAGUCGUCUGGACACUCUCGGUAGAUCGUUGUGGGUCCGCUUCGAACAGCUGGGAGACCUCUCAGACCUAAACGGGUCGAUUUCGGCUAAUGAAGAUGCAGUGCGACUUACUCCGGAAGAUCACCCUGACAAGUCUCACCAUCUGGAAGUUCUCGGAAACUUGCUCUUAACCCGCUUCGAACGAGCGGGAGACCUUGCGGACCUUGACAGGUCGAUUUUGGUCAAGGAGGACGCUGUGCGGCUCACCCCUGGGGACCAUCCUGAGAGGUCUAAUCGUCUGACCAAACUCGGCAAAUCUUAUUGGACCCGCUACGACCGACAGGAAAACCUCGCCGAUCUUACGACGUCAAUUUUUGCACAGGAAGCUUCAGUUCAACUCACUCCAGAUGAUCACCCUGACAAGCCUGAGCGUUUGUCAAUUCUUGGCAACUUGUUCUUGACCCGCUUCCAGCAAGUGGGGGAUCUCGAGGACCUUCAUAAGUCGGUCUUGAUGAAGGAGGAGGCGGUGGGGCUCUCUCCAGAGGGCCAUGUUGGUAGGCCUGGCUAUCAGUUCAACCUCGGUGUCUCUUUGUCCGCCCGCUUUAAGCAGCUGGGUGACGCUGCAGACAUCGACAAGUCAAUUUUGAUGCAGGAAGACGCACUACAGCAUACGUCGGAUGAUCAUCCUGACCGGCCUAAAUUUUUGGAUGACCUCGGAGAAAUGUACUAUACUCGCUUCGAGAAGCUGGACAACCCCCCCGCGGAUAUUCACGCUUCGGUUUCGGCGAGGGAAGACGCAGUACGCCUUACUUCCGACGACCACCCUAGCAAGUCGGGCUAUCUCUACAACCUCAGCAUAUCAUUAUGGUCCCGCUUUAAGCGACUUGGAGAUAUCGCGGACAUUGAGAGGUCGAUUUCGGUAGAGGAAGAGACAAUACGUCUCACCCCCGAGGGCCAUGCUGACAAGCACAGGAACUUGAGCAACCUCAGCUUGUCCUUUCACGCCCGCUUUGAGCGACUAGGCGACCUCGCAGACCUCGACCGGUCGAUUUCAGCGCAGGAGCAUGCAGCACAGCUCACUCCAGAUGACCAUACCGAGAAGUUUAAUCGCCUGGCUGUCCUCGGCGGGUUGCUGUGUGCCCGAUUUGAGAAGCUUGGGAACGUGGCGGACAUAGAUAGGGCCGUUUCUGUGCGGGAGGAUGCGGAGCGACUCACGCCGGACGAUCAUUCUGACAAACCUCAGCGCUUGGUCGAGCUCAGCGCACCGUUAAUCACUCGCUUCGACAGGUUUGGCAAUGUCGCGGACAUCGACAGGGCGAUUUCGUUGCAGGAAGACGCGGUGCGGCGCCUUCCCGAUGGCGAUCCUCACAAGCCUGAGAUAUUGAACGUACUCGCCGACUUGCUGUCGGCCCGUUUUGAGCGACUGGGAGUCCUUGCUGAUCUGAGGAGGCCGGCUUCCUGA